CUGACACUUGGCCUAUGUCACUGUAUGAGAAAUGAGUGGUCAUGUAAAGAAUAUGUAUCCUCAGCUGUCCAUAUCACAAGCAGCAAGAACAUUGCUCUCCCUGUUACUGGUGGCUGCCAUUGAUUCAGUGAAUGCUGGAAUAGCAUGUAGGAACCAACAGUGUGAGAGUCACAUACAAAGAAGUUCCAAGCUAACCAGACUCAUACAUAUGGAAUCUGUGGACCUCUUAAAAAUAUAUAAAGCCAGUCAAGGAGACAUGUCAGAGCUGUUCUGCCAGAUGCCAACCAACAUUGUUCCUGACCCAAAUAUCUCUGGCCUGGACCCCUCAGAGCGGAUGCUGAGCAUCUACUCCCACUGUAAGGCUUUCCUACCACACCUGAAGAGAGUCACUGAGCAACAGAGAGACUUACAGCCACCCUCCAGCCCCCUGCUAAACAACCUCACCACUGCCCAGUACCGCACUAGUGGUCUGGCCAACCAAAUAAACUGCAUUUACCAAAACCUCUUUCCAAACCUGCCCAUCCCACUUGAACCUGUAGACGGACCGACGUCAAUACACCCCUCCCAAAACGUGUUCCAACAGAAGGUCUAUGGUUGUGUGGUUCUGAAGAAUUUCAAGGAGCUCCUGUCACAGAUGAGACAUGAACUAAGGACCUUAAAGAACCAAAUGUGCAAAAGUAGGACAUUUGCAUACACAAAUGCACUGUUCUGAGGCCAACUUUCUAUUAUAUUUUAUUUAUUAUUUAUUUGGACACGUGUUCAGAAGUUACGGAAGCUUAUUGCUGCCACUGAAAAAAAACUCUGCACAAAUGUUCGACUUUGAAUAACUUAAUUAAUUCUCAACACAAACAAAAUGUAUUUAACUUAACUUGUGUGUUAAAAUUGCCCUGCAGUAUUCUUGUAGACUACUGUGAGAUUUUAAAAUUAAUGUCUUUUGUCAAAUCUGAGUCACUUUGAUAGUUUUGUCCAUUUUAAGUUGUGAGCAAAUUAAAAAGUAUUCUCGCA